UCUUAUAGGGUGUCCAGAUAAGAUUGUGGUAUACGAAAAUUAUACAUAGAAUUUUAUAAGUGGCAUCAUCUAAUGGUCUGGACGAAUUUUAGUUUGUCCCUUUCACUACUAAAUGGCAUCACUUGUCAGUUCUAAGAAUAUGCAAAAUAGUCAGUAUUGACAGAGAUGAAAAGGUCCCCUCUCCAACUACGUCUACUUCCCCUCAAAUAAUGGACAGCGUGUAGUCAAAGUAUUGAACACGUGUGGUGUGAUUUGAGAUUGUUGUCGACUGUUAUUUCGUGAUUACUUUACUUCUAAACCUCCUAAACUCACAAUAAAGAAUAUCGUGAUAUUAAAUAAACUAAAAACUAGACUGGUUGCAAAGAACAGACGUAAACAUGAACGAAUUAUUAAACGAUAAGCGAUUUGCGCACAUAGCGCGAGAUCCAAAAUUUAAGAGGAUUCCGAAAGCAGAGAGGAAGGUGAAAGUAGACAAAAGAUUUCAAAGCAUGUUCAGUGAUAAGAAGUUCUCAAUUAAAUAUACAAUUGACAAACGAGGUAGACCCGUGAAUCAGACGUCAUCUGAAAAUCUUAAGAAGUAUUAUGAUUUACCUAGCAGCGAGGAAGAGGAGGAUAGCAGAAAUGAAGAACAGCAAGAGAGAUUGAAACAGGAGAAGAAAAAGAAGUCUACGCCACAUAAAAAGAAGGAAAAGAUUAAAAGUAAAAACCUUCCGAACAAUGAAAUAGAUGCUCAUGAGGAAAGUGAUUUGUCUGAUAACUGUUUUUCGAGUAAUGGGGAAUUGCUUAGGAUCAAACCAAGGGAAGAAUGCGAGGAUACAGAUUCUCUUAAACAGAAUAAAACAGAGUCUGAGACUGAAUCAGAUAUAGAUGAUGAAAAGAGUGCAAGGAAUUUAAAAGCAGAUUUAAAAGAAAGCAGAAGACAAUUAAAUAUCAGAGAAAAGAAUGAAUCUGGCCAGCUCACCGAUAAAGUUAGAACGAAAUUAAAAGAUUUAAGUGUGAACUAUGCAAGAGGUGAAGGAGUUUUAAUGACGGACAGUUCUUCUGAUGAUGAAAGUUCUGAAGCUUCUGACGGGGAAGAAAUCGAUCACAACUGGGGUGAAUUGGAUAAGGAAGCUGAGACAACGGAUGAAAUUACAUGUAGAUUAGCAGUUUGUAAUAUGGACUGGGACAGAAUACGUGCUGUAGAUUUAAUGGUUUUAUUUAACUCGUUCCUGCCUAUCGGUGGUUUUAUUCGUUCGGUUACUAUUUAUCCAUCAGAAUUUGGUCUGGAACGUAUGAAAGAGGAAGAAAUUAAAGGACCGAUAGAACUGACUGAAAACAACAAGGAGAGGGAAAUCGAAGAUGAGAGCGAUGGCGAAGAGGGCUCGUCGUAUCACAUGGAGAAAUUAAGACAAUACCAGCUUAAUCGGUUAAAAUAUUAUUAUGCGGUUGUCGAUUUUAAUUCGGCCGAAUCAGCGAAUAAAAUCUACACGGAAUGCGAUGGUACCGAAUAUGAAUCCACAGCGACAAAAUUGGAUCUUAGAUUUAUUCCAGACGACAUGGAAUUCGAUCAGACUCCCAAAGAGGUCUGCACCGAAUUGCCAGAGCUUACGAAAUAUCAGCCAAGACUGUUUACAACGACAGCUCUGCAACAAGUUAAAGUAGAGUUAACGUGGGAUGAAACGAAUCCAGAGAGAGUAGAGCUAACGCAAAGAUUGAAUUCUGGAAAAUUGGAUGAAAUCAAUAAGGAUGAUUUACAAGCCUAUUUAGCGACUGAUUCAAGCGACAAUGAAUCAGCGGAAGAAAAAGAGGAAUGUAAAGAAGAUAAAAGCGAUUCCGGAGGAGAGACGAAUGUCGAUCCAAUCGAAAAGUAUAAGGCGCUGUUGAAAGAAAUACAGGAGAAGGAAGAGGCGAAACAAAAGAAGGACGUCGAGUUAGAAUUCACCUGGGGUUGGGGUGCGAAGGAGAAAGCUGAGAAACUGGUACAGGAAAGAUUGAAGAAGGAAGAGAACCUUACACCGUUCGAACAAUAUCUGGAGAAACGAAAAGCGAAGAAGAAAGCCAAACGGGAGGAGCGAAAUAAAUGUAAAAAUCUGCAGAAGGAUGCAUUAGAUUCUGAUGGUUCAGAGAUGCUUGAUUCAGACCAUAACGAAGUCGAUGGUAAAUCAUCCCGUAAACAGAAAAAUGGUACUAAAAAUGAGAGCAACGCGUCAUCUGAUAACGAAGAGGAACGACGUAAAGCUGAAUUGGAGCUGUUGCUGAUGGACGAAAACGACAACGGUAAACAGCACUUCAAUAUGAAGAAAAUCGAGGAAAGUGCUACGAUGUCAAAAUCUAAGCUGAAACGAUUAAGUAAAAAGAAGAAUGGUCAAGAUCAAUCGGCCGAAGACAAUUUCGAAGUGAACGUGCAAGAUCCAAGAUUCAACGCGUUGUUUACGUCGCAUCAUUUCAAUAUCGAUCCUGCUGAUCCUCAUUAUAGGAGGACUAAAGGCACCGAGACUUUGAUCAAAGAAAAAUUAAAAAGGAGAGCUGAGAAUGAUCCCACUGAUGAAAUACCAGCCAAAGAGACGAAGAUAAAGCCUAAUACAGAACUACAAGCAUUAGUUAAUUCAGUGAAACAGAAGAGUAAGAACAUUACAAGACCAAUAAAAUAAUUUGUUAUCUA